UUGACCAGAACGCAGUUGCGAUCCACGUUGGAUCCCGUUUCCUGAAAUUUACAAUCUAUUUGCAUGUUUUGGAUACUAGUUAGGCAGCAGGCAACAAACCUACCUGAGUUUAUCAAUCGACUUUCAACGUGUUGUUUGGUGUUUUUCCUACGCGCUUGUGUCGCCUAAUUCUCGCGUUGUUUAUUAUUUUUGUUAUGAUAGUCGUAAUUGGAUUAGCUAUUCGGUGUCCCGCUUUUCCAAUCCCUUCGGCGGCGUGGUCAUCGUUCACGGGUAGUCGGUACCUCGAGGAAGUCGUUUAGCUCAAAAAUUUCGCUACCGGAAAAUUCGCUGAAUCCCACACCAGUUGAGGUUCGGGCGCGGUUUAGUUCGGUGUGAUUUUGUGUUACGCUCAAGUCUCGCGUAGACCAUGCUUUUGGACCAGAAUAAACAUGGCCUCCAAUUAAUGCAGUUUUUCUGUUACGCAACGGAGUUCCAAUGAUCUUCCGACUUUUCCAACGCCUCGAUUGUUUUUUGUGUGAUGUUAGGGCACCUUUUUCAUAAUUUGUAGUGAUGGCUUAUGUUUCACGUUUAAGAAGCUGAUUGAAAAGUGGAAGGAAUUAUACGUUAUUGAAAGGAAAGCUGACGACGAUCUGACAGAUCGAUAUUGAAGGUGCCGUUGCGAAAGGGUACAUGUAGUGCAUUGAUGUCGCAUUCCAGCCACAGGUACUUUUAUUCUAAUUGAAUAAUAAAGUUCAGGUUGGGUGAUUUCAACAUCGCAUUGUGGGAGAAGCUGCGUGGCGUAAAUGGAAAACAACAAUGACACCCAAGAUGAUCCAGCGGAGAAAUCUAAGCCAGAUGAGGAACCCUUCGACCUGGAUGAGUUGCUACCGACGAUAGGAGAAUUCGGUCGGUACCAGAAGCUGCUGCUAUGGUUUGUCUGUCUGCCGGCAUGCAUUCCGUGCGGAUUCGGUGCCUUCAAUCAGCUGUUCAUGACCGACACUCCCGGUGAUUAUUGGUGUCAGAUUCCGGCGCUACAAAACUUCAGCCUGGAAGAGAUGAAGCUGCACGGAAUACCGCUAAUUGAGCAUGACGGAACGGAACAGUUCAGCAAAUGCACCCGGUACGCAGUGGACUGGAAGGAAAUUCUAGCCGACAGUCCCGACUUGAGUGACGUCGUGCCUAACAGUUCCUGGCCGCUGGAGAGUUGCCGGGAUGGCUGGACGUACAACACAUCGGAGGUGACGUCCUCAAUCGUUAUAGAUUUUAACCUCGUUUGUGAGUACGAUAUCUACCCAACCUUGGGUUUGGUGGCACUUAAUACCGGAGGACCCGUGGGAGUGUAUUUGUUUGGAAUGCUCAACGAUAGAGUGGGAAGAAGGACUUCCUACUUUUCCUGCCUGGCGACACUUUUGCUGGGAAGCUUCAUAACAGCCGCCAGUACUGAUUUCGGGAUGUGGGCCUUCAGCCGGGUGAUUGUUGGACUUACCAUUCCUGCUGUCUACCAAAUUCCAUUCAUCAUUGCCCUGGAGCUGGUAGGGCCAAACUACAGAUCCUUCGUAACAGUAAUGACCUGCACUUUUUACACAUUCGGCCUUAUGAUGCUAGCAGGGGUAACAUAUUUAGUCCGCGACUGGAUCCAUCUCACACUAUAUACAUCGGUACCAUUCUUAUUUUAUUUCCUGUACUUAUUUGUGAUGCCAGAAUCACCACGAUGGCUGUUGAUGAAAGGAAGACUAGAAGAAGCUUUACAAAUUCUAGAAAAAAUGGCCAUAGUUAACGGAAAACAGCUUCCAUCGUCUUUCCGCAACAAACUUCAAGAGCGAGUUUUGGCGGAGAAAAAUCGCACAGUGAAGCGAGAAGAAGUUUCCAUUGGGGCGUUCGAUCUUUGUCGAACACCCAACAUGAGAUUAAAAACUUUCCUCAUUACCCUAAACUGGUUCGUCAACGAAACGGUCUAUCUGGGGCUCAGCUACUAUGGACCUUCCAUGGGUGAAAACCAGUACUUGAGCUUCUUCCUGUCAUCCCUGGUGGAAAUCCCGAGCUACAUCGUCUGUUGGAUCAUCAUGGACAGGUACGGAAGACGUUGGCCGAUGUGCAUGCUGAUGAUCAUGGGAGGCAUCAGUUGUGUUGCAACAGUAUUGUUACCAGAAGAUGCAGUAUCCGAAACCCUAGUACUGUAUCUUGUAUCCAAGUCAAUGUUAUCGGCCUCAUUCCUCAUCAUUUACCCAUUCGCCGGGGAACUUUAUCCGACCCAGGUCCGAGGUGUCGGUAUCGGGACUUCCAGUUAUAUUGGAGGCUUGGGGUUGAUCGUCAUCCCGUUCAUCACGUAUUUGGGUAAAGACAACCUUAUUCUGCCACUCGUGAUCAUGGGUUGCGUAUCGGUGGCAGGUGGAUUCACCGGUCUGCGGCUACCGGAAACGCUUCACCACCGAUUGCCCCAGACGCUGGAGGAGGGCGAAGAGUUCGGCAAGGAUUGGUCCUUCGACGAUUGCUUCCGCUGCAUACCGGUGGUGAAAUCGCCGGUCGGAUCGUACGAGAACCUAUCACACGACCCGUCCGAUACGGCCCUGGAGCUGAACACGGCCAUCCCACUGAAUGGAGCUGGUCCAUCGAACGAGAGGACCCCACUGGAAAUCGCACGCUUCCGGAGGCAAUCGAUGAAGCGGCUUGUGCGGCAGGCCAGCACUAUGGAUACGCAAAAAACGGCUGGUGGAGCCAUGCAGCUGACAUAUUGGUUUUAAGUUCGCGGUGGAACUGGGAUGAACUUCAGCUUGCAGCGUUACAAGUUUUAAAGUUUGUUUUCAGAUUUGAUUCGGUUUUUUUGUGUGAUAGUUAGACCGCUGUAUAUUUUUAACAUAUGGCUCCCAUACGUUUUCCGAUACUUCUUGGGUCUCCAAGUAUCUGUGUAGAAUAUAAGAUGUUUUUGUUGAUUCCUAAAUAAGCGCAACGAGUUUGAUAUUUGUAUGGACACAGAAAUUUUUACAUAUUAAUUCAUCCGGAUAAUUUAGAUGAAUAUCAGAUGGAAUUCCUAUGCAUUUUGUUCUCACGCGAUGCAAGUUAAAUUUUAUCAGUGGUUAAAUUCCAAUAUAUAGGGCUUACUGGAAAACUCUCUGAUUACAACUUUGUGUAAGACCAAUUUUCAGGAAUAUAAUAUUCAAAAGCAAGUUAUUGAUUUUAGAGUCUUAAAAUGUUAUAAUUAAAUGAUCUACAUUAAAUUCUUUCACCAGAUGCUAUGAUCUUAAAAAAUUCAAACUUAAAUCAGGUUGAAUUGUAUAAUUUUUCUUCCUAUUUUAAUUUUUGAACAAAUAUGAAUUUACAAUAAAUUGUACAAAUCAUUUUAACAAACAUGUUUCGGCAUUUCAAAUCGUGCAGCUUCUUGCACUCGAACAAACCCAGACCUUUUUUCAAUGUUGAAUUGCUGAAGCAUAAAUAAAAUAUGCCAUAUAAUUGCCAAGGAAUCGAACGCGUGGACUAGAUGGUUUCGAAGGCCUCACUCAAGCUAGUUUUACUUCUUUGAAAAAUUGCAUGGAUUUGUUCGAUCUCAACAAUCUGCAUGAUUAGAAAUGUCAAAAAUUAAUUCAAAAUGUGAUAUUACCAAUUAAUUUUAUGUUCAUAUUUGUUCUCAUUAAAAUGGUGAAGAAAUAAAACAGUUCAACCUGAUUUUAGUUUAUUUUUUGCAAAAUCAUGGCAUCUGGUGACUUUAAAUUUCUGAUUACCUUUAUUUAUUUUUGCAAACGAUAGAGAAUUACAUGUAGAUCAUGUCAUCAGAACAUUUCAAAACUCUUAUUUUUCUUAUACCAUGGUUGAAUUAAAGAGAACCUUUCGAUUGCUUUGAUUUAUCAUAAGUUUAAAUAAUAUUUUUGAAAAUUGAGUGGAGAAAACAGUGUUGCUAGUUUUUUUAAUGCAAAAAUAAAUAAUGCUCUGUUUGGGUGGGAGAUUAUAACUAUUUUUUUUCUACUCCUACCGCUUUUUCAUAUUGCGCAAAGUUGUAUGGACUGUAUUCGAAAAAAAAUGCAACACUUGCAUUUGUAAACAAGUUUUGUACGGAUGGAUGAAAAUUGAUGAAAUUUUCAGUGAUACUACCUAGAAAUGAAAUGUUCACAUGUGCAAAUUUUUUGACGAUCUGUCAAGAAAUUUUUUGACCAAAAUUUCUGGGCAGAAUUAUGAAAAAUCUAGGAAAGUCCCAUGGAGAGACCCCAAAACAACUAGAAAUCAACUACGUGACCAAAAUGAAUGUGGUAAAUUGUUCUUGAAGUCCUAUGGGAUCUAACAAUUAGCCAAAUUUGAAUAAAAGUAAGAUUGAUUAUUUCCAUGAAGGUAUGGGAAGUGAAGGAUUUAACAAAGCGCCAUCUAAACCUUUCAAUUGGAAUAGUGUUAAAGCAGGAAAUAUUUCUGUCUGAUUCGCCCAACAAACAAAAACAAAAAUUAGAUCAAACAUCGUGUCUUAAUGGUAAAAGGUUGUCCUUUAAUAAAAUAAACAAAAUGCGAUGGUUAAUUCGUGCGCAAAAUGGUAGACCCGUUAGUGGGGUGAAAUUUUUCAUCCAUGCGCUCAAAAGUUAUUCACAAAUGAAAGUGUUGCAUUUUUUUCGAAUACAGUCCUUAGUCAGAGUAUUUUCCAGUAAGCUCCAUAUAUUGGAAUAUCAUUUGCAGCGCGUGAGAUCAAAAUAUUCAAGAAAACAAAAAAAAAAGACUUUAUCCGAACAAAUAUUUACGUUUUUCUCCCGUUUGUUUUGACCAAUAGGGAAACUUUUUUGACUAGAGGCAUUUUGAAAUCGAAAAAAAUUGCAAUUCGACACAUCCUACUGUGAAUUGGCUUGCUCAUACAAAACUGAAGAAAGACAUGUUGGAAUUUUCUAAAUAUUUUUCAACGGUCGCCUUGAAACAAUUUUGAUGAGCGAUAGCUAAUUUUGACUGAAUUAGCGAUUCAAUUACCACCGCUAACUGUUCAGUUAGAGAUACUGGAAACUUACCUUAGGCGAUCAUCACAGAAAUUAUACAUUUUUUAUUCAAAAAUCCUCAGUGUAUAUACAGCAAAAAUUAUUUCCUGUAAAAUUACGCAAAUGUCCUAUGUAUGUAUGUAUGUAAAUAAGCCACCAUGGCUGCACGGAUUCACCGCAGUUUCGUCAACGUAUGCGCUUAAUUGCAUUCUUUAGAUUAUAAGUACGGCAAAUCUGCAAUGCAACUAACCACAUACCCAACACCAUGGCUUGGUGUGAACUGUUAUGAAUUGAAUGCUUGACGUGUAGGUGUAUGUGUUUUUUGGAUGAACGAGUCAAUCAUUUACGCAACCGUUUCAAAAUUAAUAACAUUUUUGGUGUUAUUGAUCUUCGACAGAUAUUACGCAUACGUUUAGAUACCUGCCCAAUUGGCAACUGAUUGGUCGUUCUAAUACUUUUAUAUAUGGUUAUUUAAUUAGGUUAUCUUACCUUUUAAUGCAAUUCAAUGCAAUUUGAAUUUUAAACUCACAACUCACCAUUUUUACAAGAAUCGAAUUCACCAUUUUUUAAUAGCCAAAAUUACCAUUUUUUAUACUCAAAUCUUACCAUAUGCAUCUGAAUGCAAAAUUAAUUAUUUUAAAAUUCGAAAAUAGAAAAAAGAAUCAAAUUAAAUUAAAAAUCAAAUCGGUUUAAUGCUGAUACAGUAUAAGGAAAUUAAUCGAAUGUAUGAAAAUUUAGGAAAAAAACGUUCUCAUUAACUUUAUAGCUUCAACGGAAAGUAAUAAAAAGAAAGGGAUUUUUUUCUUACAUACAUUUAUUUGUUACUAGCUGACCCGGUGUGCUUUGCUACACCUUUCAAAAUCAAAUGAUAUUUUCAGAAAUUAUUCAAAUUUUUAUUGUUUUAUUGGUAUUAUUUUAAAUCAAAUUAUAACAUAAUUUAUAAGCAACCGCUAUAAAAUGAGAGCUGCAGCUGGAGUUUCGAAUUGCAACACAAAGAUAACUUAAACAAAUAUUCUAAAUCUUGCUCUAUAAAUUUGUCUUAAAGAUCUGAUAAUUUGAAUCUGUCUGGAGGGUCUCAAAUUAAUCGUACGCAAACAAUCUAACUUAUAAAAUAUGGUUGUUUUUUCUUGAUUUGUUCUGGAUUUAUGCUGAAAAACUGAUAAGAGGGCCCCUUCCCUGUCCUUACCUUCACCCCCUGCUGAAUGGAGGUCGUGAUUUUUAAUAAUCAUAACUAAUUUUUUCGUUCCCAAAAAUCCUCUUAUAUCAAAUAUAGUUCCAUUGGCUGGUAAGUUUAUAACAGCUUUACAACAAAAUUUAUAUAGAGCUUCCUCCUUUCUUCCUCUCUCUACACUGUAAAACGUAAGGGUCUAUAACAAUCGUAGAAACAUAUCUCGUAACCAAGUACCUUUCCAUGCCAUAUUUGUUUCCAUUUGUUGGCUUCGUUAGCAUAAAUUGAGAACUUAUGCUAACAAAAUUGUAUUGGGCUCUCCUCCCUCCUCCUAAGUAUGUAUCUACUCACUGAAAGGAGGAUGGUGUGUCAGAUAAUCAUAGAAUGAUACCAAAAUGAUUUUCCAUGUUAAGUUUUGUCCAUUUCUCGGAUUUUAUAAAAAAAAAAAGUUAAAUGUAAGCCUCCUCUUCCCUUCCUAUAUUCCCAAUUCUAUCAUCCUAUUUCAAGAAAGGAAUUGUUUCACAUAGAAAAAGUAUUUUUCGUACUCAAAUACUUUUUGAUGCCAAAUUUGGUUUCAUUUGCUCGAUAAAUUCUUGAGUUAUGCAAAAAAUUAUAUGGAAACUCCCCUUUCCCUCUUUAUAUCUCUCCACUGAAAAAAGGUGGGGCUUCAAUUUAUGAUAGAAACAUUUUUCGUAUCUAAAUACCCUCAUAUGCCAAAUAUGGUUCAAUUUGCUUGAUCAACUCUCCAGUUAUACUGAAAAUUGUAAGGGAGACCUUUCCUCCCCCUUUUUAUCAACCUCUUUGAAGGAGUGAGGGAUACCAAAUAUUCAUAGAAGCAUUUCUCGUACCCAAACAUCGUUCCAUGCCAAAUUUGGCUCCGUUUGCUGUUGUAGUUUUUGAGUUAUGCUGUAAAAAUUGUAUGAAACUCCCCUUCCUCUUUCCAUUCUCCCCGCUGGAAGAAGGAAGGGAUCUCAAACAAUCAUUAGAACAUGCCACAUUCUCAAAUACCCGUCUAUGCCAAAUUUGGUUCCAUUUGCUUAAUUAGUUUUUGAGUUGUGUAAAAAAAUAUAAAAUAGGCCCCUCCCCCCUUAAUUUCUCCCUACUGGAAAGAGGGAUGGGUCUCAAAUAAUCAUAGAAAUAUUUCUCGUAUCCAAAUACCCUCCCAUGCCAAAUUUGGUUCCAUUUGCUUUAUUAGUUUUUGAGUUAUGUAAAAAAUAUAAAAGAUACCCCCUCCCCCUUUCUACUGGAAAUAGGGAGGGGUCUCAAAUAAUCAUUGAAAUAUUUUACGUAUCCAAAUACCAUCCCAUGCCAAAUUUGGUUCCAAUAGCUUGAUUAGUUUUUGAGAUAUAUGAAAAAUUGUAAGGUAGCCCCACUCCCCCCUUCCUAUCAGCCCACUGAGAGGAGGGAGGGGUACCUAAUAUUCAUAGAAAUAUUCGUCUUUCCCAAAUACCACCCCAUGCAAAUUGUGAUACCAUUUGCUUGAUGGUUGCUCGAGUUAUGCAAAAAAUUGUCUUUUGUUUGAGAGGCCCCUCCCUCCCUUAUUGAGAGAGGGAGGGGUCUCAAACCAUAAUAGGAACCUUCCCCUGCCUCCAAUGCCCACACCUGCCAAGUUUCACGCAAAUCGGUUCAGCGGUUUCUGAGUCUAUAGGGAACAGACAGACAGACAGACAGACAGACAGACAGACAGACAGACAGAAAUUCAUUUUUAUAUAUAUAGAUUUUAACAUGUCUGUCAAUUAUUUGAGAGGUAAAAUGACCAUACAGAAAAAUACUCCAAAGGUCUUAGAAACCAAACAAAAACUCUGUUAAUGUGGCAGUGUAUAGGGACGUUUCCGGAAUGUCUCAAGAAAGGAAAAGACAGGUAAAGAAUUGGAAACUUCUCACCGAGAAUGAAAAUGAAUGUUCAGCUCUCUGCUAUUGCGCUACCCGUGCAACGCUUGCUUUGAUGCUUUUUUUUUUGUUUGCAUUUAUUGCACACACGAACAACACUACCAGCCGCGGGGCUUGUCUGGACACGUUUUGGCGCAUGGCAGCCUAUUUCUAAUUAGGCUUUAAAUUUUUUUCACACCUCUUGCGAAGCCCCUACUUCUACAUUUACUCAAAUUCACAAUCCAACAUUUUUCCUUGAAAACUUUCACCCGCACUACGAUCCUGCUCAUCAAAAAUUGAAUUAACUUCACUAAAUUUCCUCUUCCCCUACAGUAUCGUUUUGCAUCAUUUUACAAAAACCAAAAUACAUUGCAUUCAAAUUCUUCCUCUUCGGUGGGUCAAGAAAAUGGAACCAAUUAAUCAGAUUUUCUUUCACAAACCCGAGCAUCAUCACGCAACUUUUCUCGAAACUCAAAGCCAUCAUCUUUAUCACGCUACUUUUCAGGUAAAAUCGCAUGCCGGGACUCAUCCCUUCUUCACUGAUAAUGGCACAUAACAACUUUUGAAAUCGGUGGUAUAAGUUUAAAUUAUUCGGACUUGUUUAGAUAACAUAUAAAUUCCAAUCCAAACACCAGAAUAAACAUCAAACAGCAUUUAUCAAACGGCUUGUAAACUACUCUUCCGUCCGUAAUAAACUAUGUAAAAAGACGAACCGCACUCAUUGGCCCAGUAGUACCAAAAUAAUUCUAUCACAAAAUCUACCCUUCCCCAACCAGGUUUCAGCACAAACACUGCGGGAACUUUCACCGGCCACUUAUCCCAGAAUUUUCCACUGUUUUGUACUAAAAUCUACAGUUUAACUUAAAUUCAAUUGAAAUUUUUGAUGGACGAAAAUAAAAACGCGUGCGUCGUCCAAAAGUCAUGGCCUACUUCUCCUGUAAAAUUACGCAAAUGUCCUGUAACAAAAAGGAGCAGGACAUUUAUCGUUAUUUUACAGGUCGAAAAACAAAUUUUGUGACACAUAAUUUUCAGUGUACAACUUUUUUACAGUACAAUUGCUGUAAUAAUAAAUGAAUUUUCGUUAACUUUCAAGGAAAACAAUUUAAAAUUACAGGUUUUGUUAGUUACAGGUUGAUUUAUUUUAAAGGUUGCAGUUUCAGUGACACGUAAUAGUCAAAAUUAUUUUCUGUGUAUAAGUUUAACUCAAACAAAACCGAAGAAUGACUGUGUUGGAGUAUACUGAAAUAUUUUUCACGAUCGCCAUCGAACAAGGAUGCCAUUCGUUAUUGUAAUACAUUCAUAUUUAUAAGAGCUCUUAUUACAAUAAUGGUUCCAAUUAUCAGAUUAAGAUGAAAUAUUCUCACAGAAUCCAAUUUUCUACCUUAAAAAAGUUAGUGUAUAGAAAAGAAACUGGAAGAGUUAUAAAUCUUUCCACUAAAUGCUUGUUUGAGAACAGUGCUUACACCGAAAAAAUUAAAUGAUUUUAUUGAAUUAGAACAAAGGUUUUCGGAAAUUUAACUCAAACUCACCAGAGUUAUUGGCAAGCAUUAAUUAAAAAAAAAUUGAAAUAUAAAUAUGAAAACACAAUUAAGUCAAUCUUAACAGUCCAAGGAUUGUGAUACCAUUCUAAAGUAAAACACCAUUUUUUAAACAUAUUUUAACAAUAAAGAAUACGUAUAUGUAUAUUUCGGAUUCUCUGAUUUUUCUAUAGUAUUUAUAUUUAUGUGCUUUGACAACAUUCAGUUUAUAUUAAAAUUAUAGGUUUUUGUGGUUUUGUUGUUGUUGUUGUAUUGAUAACAUAUUGAAGUUACGUUUUUUUUCGUUUUUGUUUGCUGUACGGGAAUAAUUUUUCUUUUAAUCAGGUUACUUCUUUUUAUCCUUCUGUUCUUCUAACAACUAUUGAGUUUAUCUUUAAGAUUGAUUCUCUUCAUUGCUCGGACUUGAGGAUUCGCUCAAGUUACUGAUGGUCGAGAUUUUAUGUGUUUGAUUUAAAUAUCAUCGUUACCAUAAUCAGGAGAAAAGUUACUUUAAUAACUAAAUCUUAUCAGAUACAUCUCCUACUUAGUACACUGGAUUUAUUUUUGUUGUUUUCAACACUUUUUGUUUCUUUCCACAUUUGUGGUUGUAAUUUGUUCAGAAGCAACGUUAGUCUAUUAGAUGGUUUACGAUAGUUGUUGCUUCUUUAGAGAGAGAGAUGUGUGGUUUUUUGGGAUUUUUUAUUUCUUAAAAUUUGUUUAACAGGCUUUUUUAUGGAUAUGUUUCAUUCGGACGUCCACCAUAUGCUGUUCACAUUAAUUUUGUUUUGAAAAAUGUAUCGCUGAAGGAUGUUUAGGUUGAUGAACUAAGGUUUUUGCAUACACUUUUUUUUGUUUGUACUAACGAAUCGAAUCACUCUAUCUAGAAUGGGAUUUUCCCUAGCGGUCUUAUGGAUUAUGAAGGAAAUUACAGAGAUGUUUUACAGGUAGAACAUUUAGAACUAUUUUUUGUUUAUCUGUUACUUGCGUCAGAGAAGCUGAUUUGUUUUGAUUCGACGGGGGAACUCGAUAUAGUUUGAUAAAUAGAUUACUGAUUCGGAAAUUAAACCACAAUUUCGGACGGCUGUAGGCUGAAGUUCAUUCUUGUAUAUCUUCGGUUGAUUCAUUAGAUUGUUAAAAGUGUCUAAGUCGGUUUAAGUAUACAAAUGCUAAAUGUUGAUGAUGUUUGAGAUGUCUUUUGGUUUUUGUUUUGCUUGUAGAGUGAAUAAAUUCUUGCUGUAAUUUUUAAACUCAAUUGGCCGUUCUGUGAUACACAAAAGUUACGAUUCCUUCAGAAAUAUAUAGGGAUUAAGUCAAAAAUGUCGUCGUAGUCAUCACUGUAUAGUUAAGUUUAGAGUAUAACUGUUAUAUUAAAAUUUUAUUCGUGUAAAUAUCCGAUUGUGAAAAUAAACAAAUUGUCGAUUCAGAUA